GGAAUACCAGAUCACAUCCAAUAUAAAGGACAAGCAUGUGAGUGCCCUAUUUCUGCCAGAAUAACAUGAAGCACAUGGCAAAAAGUAUCAGGUGGAGCAGAGAACAAGAAUGAUCAGAAGGAACAGAUGGCAAGCAAAGGGGGAGGAAGAAAUGGAGAGCAACACUAGAAGGCAAAAAGCUGUCCUUUCUCAGGAAGGUCAAUCAAGAUGCAGAUUAACAGAAGAGCUCUUGAGUAGGCUUGGCCUUGAGGGCAAAUAUCAACACAAACUUACAAGAGCACAUUUUCUUGAAAUAACUCCAUCCUCAUUACAGAAUGAUGAGCCCAGGAAAGAGAAGGAUCUUGUUUACGCUUUCCUGCAACAAUUGUUCACAGCAGAUUACAGAGCAAGACACGCCUCUGUCAAAUCUGAACCCACAACACCAAAUCCUCAGCACACAGCUACAGAAGAUGUUUUUCAGGCUCUGUUUAAAAAAAACACUGUGAACACAGAAAAGAAACAAGUCCAUAUUCACCCAAUGGACAUUCAGAUGGCAGUGUUCCUCUGUGCAGAUCAUUUUCUUCAGCAGACCAUGGUAACUAAGCUCUCUCAGUGUCAGUAUGCAGUUCCGUUGUUGGUCCCCAAUCCUUUCUCUAAAAUGAUUGAAUUUCCUCUGUGGACAAUGCGCCAUAUUAGUAAGAGCUGGAAGACCACUGAUGCUUCAGACAAAGUCAUCAGCAAGACCCUGCCCAUAUGCAAAGCUAAAACUUCAAUGGUUGCAUUCUUCAGGAUUGGCUCUAUUUCCUCAUCUAAAUCUCAGCUAAUAAAUGGCCUGAUCAAUGAGAAGCACAACACAUUCUUCCACAGGAACUGUCCAACCAGCAGCAGAGAUCGUCUACUGAUGGAUGGAGUGGUGGAGAUCGCCUGGUACUGCCCGUCAGGGAAAAGCACUGAUCAUUUCACUGACUGUGUUGCGUUCUGUAAUCUGCAUGGUGAUUCCAGCACAAAUGUGACUCAAAGAAAGAUUCUCACUGAAAUGGCCUCAGUAAAUGUAGUACUUUUACCUAAUCUCAAUGAGAAUGACAACAAUAUGGUAAUCGUACAGGAUCUUUGCAAGUCCUCAACUCCUCUCAUUGUGGUUCUUACUGAUGAAGACGAUGAUAAUGAAGAUGCUGUGUGUGAGAUAGGGGCAAGAAAAUACAGAGUCCGAAUGAAGGGCAGAAAUCAGUCUAAUGUUUCUAUUGCACUUAGAGGAGUUAUCAGGAACUGCCUGUUAGAAUUGCCUGUGACAUUCAGAGUAGAGAAGAUGGCAGAAUACAGAGAGGUGAGGCUGGAUGAGCUCAAUGAAGCCUGUCAGAGAGGAGAGAAAGCUGCACAACAGAUACAGAGGUUCCUGAAGAGUGAAAAUCCAUCCACAGUAAAAGAAAGAUAUCUUCCUUGCCAGGGAAAGCUGUGGCAAGACUGGUGUCAAAAGAACAAAGACUUACGACGGCUUCAAAGUACCAACAUAGAAGUAGAGAAAAGUAAAAAGCAACAAGAAAUGCGGGCAAUAAGACAGAAACAGCAGAUAUAUGGUUUCAGUGAACUCAUGAGGUUAUUUGUUGGAAGUUUAAGGUCACUGUCAGGCAUUCAAGAAAUGUAUUUUCUCAAGUGGACUGCAGUCCUGCUGGACAAUUUCACUUCAGACAAACUCUCCACCAUCCAUCAAGAGUAUGACCGAAAAUGGGCAGAAGUGUUGGCAUUAAAGAAAAAGCAAAGCAAAUUUGAGGAACAAAAAAUAAAACAAAAGAACCUUGAAGAAAACUCAGUCAAACUGACUAAUGAUCUCUCGAAUAAUUUGUCUUUAGAACAUGCCAAAAUAGACAAACUAAAAGCUGAACAAUUAAACCUAGAAAAGAUCUCAAAUGAGCUUAAUGCUGCCACUUUUGGUUUAGAGCACAUACUGAGAGAAAUGGGGCAGAUUUAUGAAGCUUCAUUCUCUGAGAAAAGGUGGAUUAGAAGAAACGAGGUUGGGAACCUUCAUUACCUGCCUGGACUUGCUGCUGAACUCAUGAUAUCUGGCCAUCCAAUGGAGCUGAUGGAUGGUGAUGCAGCUCAUGUUCCUCUGGUCUGGGUAUCAGCAGUUCUAGAUGAGCUUAUCAAGAAACUGGGAGAUCAGAGAGUUUUUGUGUUGUCAGUUUUGGGGAUUCAGAGCUCUGGGAAAUCCACUAUGCUGAAUGCCAUGUUUGGACUCCAAUUUGCAGUCAGUGCUGGAAGGUGCACUAAAGGAGCCUUCAUGCAGCUGGUCAAAGUGUCUGAGAAGAUGAAGGAGGAAUUGAAAUUUGACUACAUUCUUGUUGUUGAUACCGAAGGUCUUCGAGCUUUAGAGCUGGCAGGAAAAGACAUGAUACAUCAUGAUAACGAAUUGUCAACAUUUGUUGUAGGUCUUGGAAAUAUGACAUUGAUCAACGUGUUUGGAGAGAACCCAGCAGAGAUGCAGGACAUCCUUCAGAUUGUUGUUCAGGCCUUCAUGAGGAUGAAGAAAGUCAGGCUGAAUCCCAGCUGCAUGUUUGUGCAUCAGAAUGUUACUGAUAUUGCAGCUGCAGAGAAAAUCAUGGAGGGAAGGAGACGUUUACAAGAUAAACUGGAUGAAAUGACUAAGUUAGCUGCUGAAGAAGAAGCCUAUGAUGCAGAAUGUUUCAGUGACGUCAUUGCAUUUGAUAUACAGAAUGAUGUGAAGUACUUUUCACAGCUCUGGGAGGGCAACCCACCCAUGGCUCCACCAAACCCAUGCUACAGUGAAAAUGUUCAGGAGCUAAAAAGACAAAUUGUUGCUCGUGCAUCAAAGACAAAUGGCAUGAAAUUGUCACAAUUCCGAAUGCGAGUGAACGACCUGUGGAAUGCACUGCUGAAUGAAAACUUUGUUUUUAGUUUCAAGAAUGCACACGAGAUAUCAGUGUACAGGAAGCUGGAGGAGGAGUAUGAGAAAUGGACCUGGAGUCUCAGGAGUGCCAUGCUGAGCAUUGAAGACAAAAUGCUCAACAGAAUAACCAGUGGAAAAGUGGAAAGAAUUGAAAAGCAAGAGCUCAUGAAAGAGAUGGCAGGAACCUUAGAUGAUGUCCAAAAAGCAUUUAAAGUCUACUUUGAAGAAAACAGUGAAAAGGAAACACUGAUUCAGUGGGCAUGCAAAUUUGAAAAGCAAAUUCUACACCUCCAUGAUGACCUUGUAAAUGAGGCAAAAAGAAAACUGGAUGACAACAUUCAACAGAAAAACAUUCGAAAAAAGCUGGACCAGCAACUGAUACACUAUGAAAAGACACUAUUUGAAAAGAGCAAAGAGUUUGCAUUGAAGCUUAAAGAAAACGGCACUAAAAAUAGAGAUCCAAAGGCAGAAUUUGAUUCAGUGUGGGGAAAGUGGGUCUCUGAAUUGACUGAAAAUGCUCCAAAAAUCAAAGAUGCUAACAUACCAGAAGACGUGAAUGAAAUUCUAGCAGAGCUUUAUGGAUAUGGGCUUGUUGUUUGUCGAAAAGGAUCUCACAACUACAGAAGGAUUUGCACUGCUGGAGAUUACCAAGAUUACGUCUCUAUGAAAAAGAGCAUGCUCAAAUUUAAGGAAAAGUGUCUUAAACCAGAGGACCAACAGUCAAUACAAGAGCUAAUUUCUAAGGUCAUUGAACAAACAAAAGAUAAAAUGCAUUCAUUUCCAGUCUCAGUGCAGGGAUACAAUGUAAUCUACAUCCAAGACGUUGCACGUGAUGUAAGAAAACUAGUGCAGGGCUUUAAAUCUACAGGUGAUUCCUUUAACUUUAAGAAAGAGUUCUUUGUAGAUCUCUCCCUUUAUGUGUGUGAGCAGGCAGAAAUUCGCUUUGCAGAACUUCACAGUAAAUUCAAGGAAGUAAAUGAUCCAUUUAUUUACUUUGAAAAAAAAAGGUCUGAGUACUUUAAAGUCUUUCAAAACUACUGUGAGGGAGCAACAUUAGCAGCUGUGCUUGGAGCCCAAAUUUGUAACAGACUAAAAGGGCCAAUCAUACAAAGUGUGUAUAACAUGGUCGCUACCUUAAUUUGUGGACAAAUGAGAGGGAAGCCACCAUUUAAUGGGAACAGAGGUGAUCUUGAAAAGCACAUUCUGAAGUCACUGGCAGAGCAGGACGGGGAUAAGAGUAAGAGGUUUGAUAACUUCUUGACAUAUAUGUAUCAUCCUAAGUCCCACUUUGAAAAUUUCAUCAAAGACCAAGUUAGAAAGUACAUGGCAGCAGAAGACCCUCAAGCAGUUUCUGCAAUCAAAGAUCACAUUGAACACAAACAGAAAACUGUAAUAAGUAUGGCAGAAAUGGCAAGAGACAAAGUCAAACCCUUCAAAGGAGACAUAAAAAUGUGGCUGGAUUUUUUUUCCAACAGCCUUGUAGAUGAGUUAGGAGACACUAGAGUUCACUUAAGUGGCGAUGAUUCUAAAGAUGUCACCGACUGUGAUGUUCUUGUGGAUUUUAUGAAGAUAGAGUUCUUAAUUGUCAUUGAAGAGCUAAAAGGAAGCCUCAGUAAGCUUUCAGACUUAAAAGUGAAGAUGUUCAGAGAAAAGCCUGAUGAGAUUCUGAUCAAACACUUCUGCAGGUGCUGCUGGGUGCAGUGCCCCUUCUGUGGAGCUGUCUGUACUAACAGUCAGGAAAAGCACAGUGGAGAUCACAAUGCCGAUUUCCAUCGCUCAUCUGGGAUGCGUGGAUGGCAUCCUAGAGGUACAACACAAUUGUCUGUAGACUUUUGCACAACAAAAGUAGCCAGUAACAGGUCGUUUUACCCAUCCCAUGACUCUGACAUUUCUGUCCCUUACAAGCAGUACAGGACAGCAGGAGGAAAGUUUGCUAAAUGGUGCAUCUCCGCUGAUUUUUCUGAACUGACGUACUGGAAAUGGUUUGUUUGUGAAUUCCAGAAAAACCUUGAAAAGCACUUCAAGAAAACCUUCAGUGGCCGGCGGGGGGAGAUUCCUGGUGAAUGGAGAGAAUUUACUCAAAUUGAUGCUGUUGAAAGCUUAGGAAUAAAUGGCUAAAUUACAAAAAUUCUAUGAUUUACAAAAACACACAAAUAUGUUUCCAGGCAAAUGAUGACAAUCCCUGGGAUCUCCUUGGAGGAACAAAAUCCAA